UCCUCCUGCUCUCAUGCACUCAGUGCGAUGUCGUGUGAUUGAGAGAGAGAGAGAGAGAGAGAGAGAGAGAGAGAGAGAGAGAGAGAGAGCAUUGACUUUCCCUCUCCCCCCACUUGAGGAAAGCUGCAGUGUGGAGAAGUUGCAUAAAGCGUGUGGUUCCUGCUGGACGUUCAUAUCAAGCCGUGAGAGCUGAGAGGAAGAAGAAGAAGAAGAAGACUAAACUUGGCUGAACAGGAGACCUCCAUCCGAGGGACUAGUGGACUCUGCUGAUCUGCUCGUGUCAUGGUGAUCUCCUCCAUGGUCUCCUCUGCGUCCUGAGCGUCACCAUCUGCUCCAUCAGCCGAGGAGCCUCUGAGCAAAGUGUGCGACGGAAGCAGGAACCAUGUGGAAGGGACACUUCAGUCACCUGCUGGGGGGGGUCUGGAUGCUCUGGAUGUGGCAAGCUGUGUUUGUGGACGCGACGCAGAGUAAACUGUGGGAGGUGCCCACAGCCUCCUCCUUCACCUCCUCCACCAACCUGAGUGAGAGCCGGGGGGAGCAGGACUGUGAGCGCAGCCACAGCCGGGUCACAGCAGACACUCCGCCCAGACUGGACGGCACCUGGGUGUCCACCAGAUGUGAAGUCCGGCCCGGUCCGGAGUUCCUCACCCGCUCGUACACAUUCCACGCCGGCCGUCACUUCCGGGCCCUGCAGCACUACUACAAGGAGGCCGGCUGCGAGGAACCGGCCUACUCCCUGAUGAUCCGGGGCAAGCUGCGUCCGCGCCAGGCGUCCUGGAUCACGCGCGGCGCCACCGAGGCCGAGCACCACCUCAGCGAGGUGAGCCUCGUGGUCCACGGGCCGGCGGCCCGGCAGAGGCUCGCCUCCCGGCUGCCCGCGACCUGCGUGGGUCCGACCCUGGGUCGGGUGGUGCCGGGGAAGCCGCUGGAGCUGUACAACACCCGGGCGGGGCGGGGAUGCCUGGAGGCGCUGGGCUUCUCCAUGAUGGAGAUGUCGCUGAUGCGGGUGGAGACGCAGCACCAGAGCCGCGGGGGGAAGGUCCAGGAGCUGCUGCUGGGGGACGUUCACACCGACUGGACACAGAGGACGCAGCACCGGCCCACGGGGUACCAGCCGCCGCUGCAGAACGCCAUGCACCACACCCACCCCUGCCCCGUGUGCGCCCUGGUGUACCGCUCCUCGGAGCAGCGCCCCCCGGUUCUGCCCCGGAGCCCCGCGGCUCCUCUGGCUCUGGCGGGCCGCUGGGUCAGCGGCCGCUGCGAGACCCGACCCGACGUCCUCUUCCUCACCCGGGACUUCACCUUCGAUCCCGACCAGCACGCGUGGCAGGGGGUCUACCGGCACUACUCGGACCCCGCCUGCUCUCGGCCCACCUUCACCCUGAGAGCCUCGGGCCACUUCGCCCAGGGGAACCCCUCCGCCAAGGUCUCGGGGGCCACCGAGUUCGUCUUCAAGGUCACCCGGGUGAGAGUCGCGGCGUUGGACGGGCCCACGGCGGCGCUGCUGAACGGGACGAGGCCCGGAAAGUGCGGCCGUGCGGGAGGUUGGGCGGUCGGCGUGGAGCAGGACCUGACCCCCACGGGCGGCUGCCCCCUGCUGGGCAUCAAGCUGCCGCAUAAGGAGUACGAGCUGCUCAAGGCGGAGCUGGACCCCCGGAGACGCCCGCUGCUGUUCAUCGGGGGGAGGCCCACGGACGGGCUCAGUCCGGACCGGCCCCAGAGGAGGCCCACGUCCUUUCAGGCUCCCAUGGGGCUUUGCGGCGGCGGCGACACGCGGCCUUCGCGGCGCUACGGCUCAGCCUUCAACAGCAAGCAGCUGGCGGCCAGCGGGACGGAGGCCCGGGCCCGGCUGGUGGUACUGGUGCUGGGAUCUGUGCUGUGCAGCUGCUUCUGGGUUUAUUAGGGACACUGAUUGCAAAUGAAGUCUGUUUUACAGCUGAAGUCAUUGAUGGACAGUGUUUCAUGGCAGAUUUCAGGAGGAAUCACCAGAAUGCUGCCGGUGCUUCACUGACUCCAGACUGCAGCUGCAUUUCCACUCUGAAAUAAUCUGUAUAUAAACCACCAAUAUAUACAAAUGUCAUCACUUGAGUAUGUAAAGUUAUAUUCUUUUACACGUCUUGUUCUUGUGUGACGAACAGAUUCAUUUUUUUGUCACAUGGUUACUUCAAAGUUAAAGUGGUGGUCGGUUGUUUCCACAUCGAACUGAAAGGCAAACCUUUUAAUGCAGUAGAACUAAUGCACUUUGUACAGAACAUGCUGCAAUCAGCCUCUAUAGCUGCCGUCCUCUUUGUGGGGGGAGAUGUUGCUUCAGCUCUUCUGUAGAAGCUUCUGUAACAGUCGGCUUUUCUAGUUGAUCCAAACGGACAAAGGAAUAUUUAUUUUAACCAUUUAUACUGUAUUUUUUUAUAUGAGGAAUAGUUUGGUUCAAUAUUUCAGUUAGUUUUGCAAUUUAAAAAGUGAUUAUUUUCUGUAUGUGUAUUAAAAGUGGCUUUUCAUAACG